GACAGCCUCUGAUCAGAAGAAAAUUGGGAGAAAGGGUGAUGGAAUUUUCAGAAUCACAACAGAUUGCAUGGAGUUUGGGGCAAUAGAAUCUGGUCGCAAAUGGGAAGGACAAAAUGGAACAAAGUAUUUGAAGGAUAGUUUAAAACAAUUGCAAGAUA